AACACAAAAAAAAAAAAAUUCUGAACCAAUGGACUGCGGACACAGUACAGGAGAUGACCAGAGACUGCGGACAUAGUACAGGAGAUGACCAGAGACUGCGGACAUAGUACAGGAGAUGACCAGAGACUGCGGACAUAGUACAGGAGAUGACCAGAGACUGCGGACCUUUGGGGAGGGAGGGGGAGCGGGUACCUGAAUUUGACAGGUCCCCGCUCCCACUUCCGCGGAGUUGUCCUUCUCUCUUCUUUCCCGCGCCGGCUUCUGUGACAGCCGGGUACCCACUGCGCAUGUGCGAGAAGCUCUGCACUUUGUGAAUGGCCCGGCGCCUUCUGGG